AUGACUCGUCGAUUAGGAGACUACCAGGCUGUGCUACAUUGUUUGAAUGCGUUCAGGUUCAUGAACCUGACAACUGAUUUUCCACAACGUGCUACAUUUGCACGUUGGUUCUUGCAACGGAGCAUACUGCAGCCCCAGUUUGCAGCAUCUGUCCUGUUCACGGAUGAAGCUACAUUCAAGUGUGAUGACGUAUUUAAUAUUCCAGAAAUAUCCCAACGUGUGCAGGAUUUAAUGCAUCGCCGAUGUGAAGCCUGUAUUGCAACUAAAUGCAUUGUGCCUACAGUAAAGUUUGGCGGAGGUGGAAUAAUGGUCUGGGGAUGUUUCUCGUGGUAUGGACUGGGACCCUUCAUCCCAAUUCAUGGUAAACUUAACGCCGACUCCUACUCCACUAUUCUAGACAACAAUAGGCUUCCUAUGAUGUGUCAAAUGCCACCGAAAAAAUCUAACCUCAACAACGAGCGGAGCAGAGAGGCACGACGCAAACGUGUUGAAAGAGCUCAUAAGUCGGCAGAACAAAUCACAACAAGAAAUGCAGCUCAACGAAUCAGGACAGCAGAGGGUCGUGCACAAGAAUCUCAAGAACAGCAUGAAGAACGUCUGCGACAGACUAUUACGAGAACAAGAGCGGCACGAGAACGAACCAUAGCUGCAGCACGAGUACAAGAGCGACAGAGGCAGCAGACCAGCCGCUCAUUAAUACGUGCAUCAUUUGUUCGUCUUGCUUUCGAAUAUGCACCAGAUAUUAACUACUCUGCGCAUCCAAAAAUUGGUAUCGGUGCAAUGGAUAAAGUAUGUCAAUAUUGUCAGGCAUUGAAAUUUCGGAAUGAAACACCCGGCAUGUGCUGCGCAUCAGGAAAAGUUGUGCUGUCACCUCUACCCACUCCGCCGGAACCUUUAUUAUCCCUUCUUGCUGGCGAGUCAGACGAUUCAAAAUUAUUUUUGCGUAAGAUACGCAAAUUUAAUUCUUGCUUCCAAAUGACGUCAUUUGGGGCAACUAAAAUUUGCGAUCUCGCAUCCAAUGGGCGUAAUUUUGAAACUACAUUCAAAGUAAAAGGCCAGGUGUACCAUAAAAUCGGAUCAUUGUUGCCAAUGCCUGAUGAUGAUCCAAAAUUUCUUCAAAUUUAUUUUAUGGGAAAUUGUGAAGAGCGCGUGACAACUCGGUGCCAGUAUAAUUUCAUUGACCAAGCAGAGGAAAGAGGGAUUGUGAUAUUGCUGGAAAAUUUUUUAGACGAUCAGAAUCAACUAAUUCGAUUGUUUAAAAGAGUUUCGCCACGAUUGCAAAAUGACAACUAUCAAAUCGUCAUAAAAGCAGACAAAGUACCAUUAGGUGAACAUGCUGGCAGAUUCAACGCUCCAACUGUUGAUGAGGUUGCCGUUAUUAUGGUUGGUGAUCCAGUUGACAAAAGAGCUAUAAAAAUUACACGGCGAGACAACACUGUCAGUACGAUUUCGGAUCUACGCCGCUCAUAUGACGCACUGCAAUAUCCAUUAAUAUUUUGGCAAGGACAGGAUGAAUAUCACCUUAACAUCAAACAGUGUAAUCCAAAUACCGGUGCUGAAGGAGAUAAAAAAGUUAGUUCAAUGAAUUACUACGCACACAGAUUGAUGGUUAGACUAAAUCAGAACAACUAUAUCCUUCGAUAUCGUCAGCUAUUCCAUCAAUACAUUGUUGAUAUGUAUGCUAAGGUUGAAAGCGAACGAUUGCUGUUCAUUCGAUACAACCAGGCUAAAUUACGAUCGGAAGAAUACAUUCACUUACGAGAUGCUGUUGUUGGAAAUAUCGAUGGAAAUUUAAACCCCAAUGACAUCGGUAAUGCUUUCAUUUUACCUUCAAGCUACAUCGGCAGUCCACGGAACAUGCAGGAAUACAUACAAGAUGCAAUGACUUACGUACGUCAUUACGGUCGACCAGAUUUGUUCAUUACAGUCACAUUUUUUGGUAUCACACGUUGUUGGCUGUAUUCGAUUGAGUGGCAAAAGCGAGGUUUGCCUCAUGCCCACAUUUUAAUUUGGCUUCAAGAUAAAAUCCGUUCUGAAGAAAUUGAUCAAAUAAUUUCAGCCGAAAUUCCAAACCCAUCAAUUGAUCAAAAAUUGUUCGAUAUUGUUACCAAACACAUGAUCCACGGGCCGUGCGGUGCUUUCAACAUGACGUCACCAUGCAUGGAAAAUGGAAAAUGCAAGAAAAAUUUCCCAAAGCCGUAUACGAAUGACACUAUCACGGAUAUUGAUGGUUAUCCAAUGUAUCGCCGCAGAAAUACUGAUAAUGGUGGCCACACAUUCACAAUGCGACUGCCGAAUUUUACAAAUCAAGUAGAAUUUGACAAUCAGUGGGUGGUACCAUACUCACCAUUACUUUCAAAAACUUAUGAGGCUCAUAUCAAUGUCGAGCUUUGCAGUUCUGCUGCUGUCAAUGUGAGUGAUUGA